AAUUGUUUCAGUUUUACUUUGCCGUUCAUGUAGAAUGAGUCGUCGCGUAGGGGGCGGCACGUUUGAGUAAAAAAAUAUUAGCCACGUUGGAGAUUAACAGAAAGCGAAUCUAACGCUUUGCUGAUUUUUAGCGAUUUUUAGUUUUUCUCAAGUAUAAGUGAAAUUAGUGAAUAGAAGAACCCGGAGCAGCUAACGAAAAUAGAAAGACAAACACAACGCCACUAAAGGGAUGAGCUUCAGAAUAAAUUUAAAUAUACAUUUAAGCUGUGCUAAAACUUGUUAUCAAAUUUAAUUAUUAAAAAACCCAAAAAUAAAACAAACAAAAAAUACAUCAGUUCAAACGCUGCGGCAAACGUUCGAUAUAUUUUGCGUGCACAUCUUUAAAUUACAUUCCGCAUUUUACUUGGAAAUCUUCAGUAACUUGAUUGAUAUAAAUUACGUAAAAUGAUGCCCAAAAUGUCAAGAAGACCCAACGCCGGGAGCGUUGGCAUUGGGAGAAGUAGCCGCUUCAAUAAUUCCAGUUUUGCCUUUGUGACAGCAGUUUAUGUUAUAGUUGCAUUCGUCGGCAGCGCACUUGUGGCGGGUGUGCGCGGUGAGGAGUGCGGUCAAGAGGAGUUCACGAAAUGUGCUGAGCCUCUGGAAAUGCUACAUUUAACCUCCGAAUUUUCCAUCGGCGCUGCCAAGAAGGACGAACUGGAUAAACUUUGCAACGAAUUAAAAAAAGGCGUCCGCUGCAUCCAAAGUUAUACCCGACGCUGCAUGCCACUGCAGCAAAGAAACCAAUUCAAUAAACUCUACCAUGGCACAAAUCAAUUUAUUCGCGACCUGUGCAUUAAAGGAGAAUUCCAGGAUGAGUAUUUAAAGCAUGCACCCUGUUCGGAGAUGGCCAAGAAAGAAUUUGAGGUGUGCGCCAAUCGUUAUAAGGAGACAAUGGUUUUCUUAAAGCCGAAUAAAAACCAGGAAAGCCACGAGAACAUUACUUUAAAUGAAAAUAUAAAAACAAUCUGUUGUUCAAUUAAUGAGUUGGUCGAUUGUUCUGAAGAUGCGGCUCGUAAAAUAUGCGGAACCGAUGCGGCGAAGUUUACUCGCGAACUGGUUGACAAAUAUGCGAAUAGCUUGACGAAGCUCUACUGCGAGGACUUCACUCGACACCCAGAAAUGUGCCAUGACGGGCUCAGCGAUGACGGUGUGACUCCGCUUCAGUCGCACGUUGGUCGCGUGGUUGUGUUUGCGAUUUCAAGCAUUGCCGUGGCACUGGGAUCGUCACACUUUCGGCUAAGAUAGAUGAAAAGUAUGGAAACAUUAAAUGGCAAAAAUUACUUUGCUGCGCUUAAUUUUCCGUAGACGUUAUUUACAAUAUUAUUAUUCUAAUUAUUACUUUUGGAUGUUAUUUAAGCUAUGAGUUUUUGGUGUGUGCGCGCAGUAAUCUAAAUUUAGGAAAUAUGAAAGGCAAAUGUGGAGUGAAAUGUAAUACAGCGCCUGGCUGUAUAGA